AUGGCUCCAAGUCUUACUUCUACUAUAAAUUAUACUGAUCCUACAUUAGAGCCUGUAGUAACUGAAAACACAGCGAUACGACAGAAGAUAAUAGAUUCACAGUACAAAUGCUAUGAGAGGAUGAACAGAGCUCCUCCCUAUAGAAAGAAAGGUUUGUUCUGUAAUCGAACCUGGGAUGGAUGGUUGUGUUGGGAUGAUACACCUGCUGGAAGAGUCACAGCUCAGAAUUGCCCAGAUUAUUUUCCAGACUUUGAUCCAACUGAAAGGGCAUCAAAAUAUUGUGAUGAAACAGGAAAUUGGUUCCGACAUCCUGAGAGCAAUCGGACUUGGUCAAAUUAUACGCUGUGCAACUCUUUCACUUCUGAGAAACUGAAGAUGGCAUUCAUACUUUAUUAUAUGGCUAUAGUAGGCCAUGCUUUGUCAAUAACGUCGCUCUUGAUUUCCUUGGGGAUUUUCUUCUAUUUCAAGAGCCUCAGCUGUCAAAGGAUAACACUGCAUAAGAAUUUAUUUUUCUCUUAUGUGCUUAACUCUGUGUUUACAAUCGCCCAUCUUAUUGUGGUAGUGCCUAAUCCAGGCCUUGUAAAAAGGGAUCCCGUAAGCUGCAAGGUGCUGCAAUUUUUUCAUCAGUAUAUGCUGGGUUGCAAUUACUUCUGGAUGCUCUGUGAAGGCAUAUAUCUUCACACUCUAAUUGUGGUGGCAGUGUUUGCUGAAGAGCAGCGUUUGCACUGGUAUUACCUUUUGGGCUGGGGGUUUCCUUUAGUACCAGCAUCCAUUCAUGCUGUUGCCAGAGCCAAGUACUUUAAUGACAACUGCUGGAUGAGUGUUGACACUCACUUGCUCUAUAUUGUCCAUGGUCCUGUAAUGGCAGCUUUAUUGGUCAAUUUUUUCUUUUUGCUUAACAUUGUGCGAGUUCUAGUGACAAAGCUAAGAGAUACACAUCGGGCUGAGUCCAACAUGUACAUGAAAGCCGUCAGAGCCACUUUAAUCCUGGUGCCGUUGUUGGGAAUUCAAUUUGUUAUUAUUCCCUGGCGACCAGAAAACAGACUUGCUGGAGAAAUAUAUGAUUACAUCAUGCAUAUAUUAAUGCAUUACCAGGGCUUGCUUGUUGCAACUAUAUUCUGCUUCUUCAAUGGAGAGGUGCAAGGAGCUCUGAAAAGGCAAUGGAUGCAGUAUAAAACCCAGUGGGGUCAAAGGCGACGGGAUCACUGCUCUACGCGUUCUACCUCUUACACAGCAACAUCUAUCACCGAGGUCCCUGUGUAUCUGUACCAUCAUGAUUCCAACAACGAACAGUUAAAUGGAAGAUAUUUAGAUGACUCUGAACUUGUUGCAUUAAAAUCUGGAGAGACAUCUGCCUAGUUUGGAGGCAAACAGAUCAUUUUACAUUCUGUUCAUGACAAGGUAGGGAACAAGAAGGAAAUGCAGCCUUUAAUGUCAUUGUGAAAGAGUGCUAAACCAGAUGACAGGACACAUCAGAUGCCAAAUACAGAACCAUCAGCAUCUGAGAGUGAUGGCCAGAAAGUCUGACAAAGAAAUGAUCAUAUGAUUUGAUACUGUAACAGUAUGCUGCUUUUUAGGACUGAAAGUAGACCUACCCACUUAACCAUCUGGAAUUUCAACUGUUCCUGGUACUGGCUACAUGAAGCGAGGAUAAACUAGUAUUAACAAGUCAAGGUACCCAAUAGCAAAUAUGAAAGAAUGAAUUCGAGUGUUUAUUGACCUAACUGAACUAAAUAUGUGACAAAAUGGAAUUGUUUGUUCCUUUAGAUACCUUUCACCCUUGAGUUUUAAACUGUCAGCUUUCAUUAAGGUGUAAACUGGCUUGGAAACUUUUGCUAUUUUCAUGUUAAUCAACUCUGAUGCUUUCCUAGGCAUUUUUGCAUUUUGAAAAAAUAAGAUCAUUUCAACAUAUUCAAAUUCUUAUCAUCUCAAGAGGACACCAUAUAGUAUUACUGUUCCAGUAUCAGGGGAAUAACAGAAACAAAAGUAAAUAGUUACUGCAUUGCAAAUGUUCAGCUAUUGAUACAACACUGAAACAUUUCUUUGGGCUUCCUUAUGAAAGUCCUG